AUGAGUGUCAGCACUCAGCUGUAACCUGCUGUGUUUUGUUUGUUCCUGAAACUUGCGAGUUUUUAACUUUAUUUUGUACACAAAUAUGAGUAACAAAAUGUCUUCUGAGAAAUUAAACAAAUUCCUCAAGGCGUUAGACGCGGUUAAACAAGAUUACACUUGCGGCGUUUGUUCUAAAUUGUGUGUUAAACCAGUCAGUCUUAGUGCGUGUUUUCAUUUCAUAUGUGCGGAGCAUUUUCAAAACUUAAAACAAUGUCCCACUUGUAAUAUGCCUUUAGAUGGUUGUUCUACGUACACUAAUGACGAUUUGGAAAAAUGUGUAGAAUCUGCGAAAGAACUUGACAAGAUUUUUCAAAAUUGUAGGCCACAAGAUUCAAAAGUUCUUUCCGUAAAAAAGCGCGCGAACGCCACAGAAGAGUCCCAUUCAGGCAAAGAGAAUAAAAGAGUCCUGAACAAAAAUACUCCAGAUAGUGAAUUUAAGAAGCCAAAAAAUAAAUCUGAUUUGAACGCAUCAUUAGCAUCAACCGCAAGCUCGAAAAAGGGUAUAGAAAAGAAAAACACUAAGGGUGAAACGAGUCUGCAUGUGGCGUGUAGACAGGGUAAAGUUGAUACAGUAUUGGAUUUAUUAAACCAAGGCGCCAACUCCAACACCAAGGAUAAUGCUGGUUGGACACCGCUACAUGAGGUUGUACAGAACGGCAAAUUAGAAAUUGUUAAAGCACUCUUACAGUUCAAUACACUCAUUAAUGUGCCAGGACCAAGCAAUGAGACACCAUUGCACGAAGCUGUGAGGUAUAAUCGUAGAGAUAUAGCUGUUGAACUUGUUAAGCAUGGAGCAGAUUUGUAUACAAGGAAUUGCAAAGGUGAAACUCCUUUGCAAUUGGCAUCAGAAGACAUGAAAGCUGCCUUGCUUGAUGCUGCUGAUAAUUUACUACAAACACAAGGCUUCAAUAUAACAAUAAUAGCCAAUGCACAUUCAGAAUUAGAUUUUGAAGACGUAAGAGUAUUCUGCGUCUCCCAAUUCAGGACAGUUAUCAAUAAAUUGAAACUAUUAACGAAACAUCAUUCUAAUUUGCAUGUGGAAGCAAAAUUUACAACGAAAGUCACUCAUUUGAUAGUGGAUGUGGAUGAUGAUGUAUGUACAUCUAGUGUUGAUGUUUUGCAAGCGAUUGUAUACGGUAUUUGGGUGAUAUCCUCCAAAUGGGUCACAAAAUCAGCGGAACAACAUCUAGAACAGUUUCAAGACUAUGAGGUGAAAGGUGUCGGAAAUAGAUCCUACAAUGGACCGAAAAAUUCACGUUACAACAAGUACAAGCAACUGCCGGGCAUUUUCAAUGGCUGUCACUUCUACUUACAUAAUUUUAUUAGUAAAUACGAAAUAUCGAAAACGUUGGUGUUAACGAAGGCGGUAUUGACAAAAUUAAUAACAGAUGCUGGUGGCGUGGUUUUACGGAGAGUACCUAACCCUGAAUUGAUACCAGAAUCAGAGAAACUUGUUCCGUAUCAUGCCAAGAAAGGUGGAAAGUUGGAGAUAUGCUCUCAUUACAUUAUUUUUAAGGAUAUGUACGAACCAAUGUAUAACAUGUCUCAUAUAAAGGCCUUACCUGUUGGUUGGCUUAUAGAAUGUUUAGAGAAGUAUGAGUUGUGUGAACCAUAGAGUAUAAAGCUACAGCAAAAUCACCCUUAAUAUUCGAACAACCGCUCUAAGCCUCAUAUGAAGAAGAUGAUGACUCCGGAUUUUUGUAUUAAGUUGAAUAUGCUUAACUGAGAUGUAUGUAAGCAAUGAAUUGUGAUAGCUGUUUGUAUGGACUAAUAAAAAGAGGCAACUUUGAGUGCAACUCACAAUGUCUACAUUUAAUUAUAAUUUUGUAAUAGCUAUAUCUCUCGUAAUAUGAUUGAACAGUGAAACUGUAUUUUUAUGUUUGUGUAUAUCCACAUGGUUAUCUACAUCAAGGUUAAAUGAUUAGACCCCGAAGAUAAAUAAGGCAAUAAUUGUAAGCAAUAAUUUACAAUGAUCGUAAUUAUAAUGAGAAAAUAUAUAGGAUAUU